AUGCAUCAACUGCUCGGCCCUAAGGCGCCCGAUCGAGCUCCCUUGGAUAAUACCCCUCGAUACGUAUCGGAGCUUCCAACUAGUCUAGAAGUGAGUGACCUUGACUAUCUAGAGAGCAAAGGGGCUAUGUGUCUUCCCACGGCUCCAUUUCGAAAGCAGCUUUUGAAAAGUUACAUAUUAUGGGUACACCCUCAAGUGCCAGUGUUGGAUCUUGAUGGAUUUCUGCGUUCAAUCGCUGCAAAUGACGGUAAAACUCGCAUCAGCCUGCUUUUAUUCCACGCAGUCAUGUUUGCCGCGUCUGCGUUCGUGGAUAUAUCACACAUCCAAAACGAGGGAUACCUGUCGCGACAGGUAGCGCGCGAUGUUCUAUUUCGGCGAGUAAAGGUUCGCAUCAAUCAAAUUUCUACACUAUCUGUUCUACUGUUCACUGUGCUUUUGGAACUCAAUUGCGAGGAUGACCCAAUUUCAACGGUGCAAGCCCUGCUUCUACUCGUCCAUUGGAAUGACCUACCUCAAUCGGAAAAGGGCGCCAGCCACUGGAUAGGUAUCUGUCUGUCGUUAGCAAUCUCUAUCGGCCUCCACCGUAAUCCAGAUUCUUCUGUCCUCACAUCUGAGCAAAAGACGCGCAGACGCAUCUGGUGGAGCGUGCAUAACCACACUCGACUAACAAUGGAUAAUCUACUCUCUGUGGUACGCAUGAAAGAAGAUCGCGAGGACAGAAAUCUGUUUGAUAUAUCGAUGGUCGCAUUGAGUGACUUCCAACUGCAUAUCUUCCCACCCGAAUCGCGAGCAGUUGUAGAUGAUUGUGAGGUUCUUCGCGACGUCGAAUACCAAAAGACACAAGCUGUAGUUUUCAUUGAAAAGACUAAGCUUUGUCAAUUGUCUCGAUUUUCAAGCAUCCUGAACCGAGUACAGAAAAUAGUGUGUGGAGAAGACAUAGGGAAUGCUCAAGCCCAUUCGAAGCCAAGAUCAGCACAAGGGGAGAUAGAGGAGCAUCGCCGAUGGCAACUGCAGCUUCCCGUAUCCGCUAGUCAUCAAUGUCCAAUGGACCUGGCUCCGACAGAUUGCGAACGGAGCAUUUAUUUGCAUCAAUUAUGGCUUCGUCUCCUUUAUCUUGGUUCAUUGUACGCAGCAUGCUGCCACGAGACAGAAGUGUUGGGUGGCAGUCUCGCUGUCCCGGGACAGGGUUCUCGGUCUGCACUAGCUGAGAAGUGCCUGCUGGAUAUCACAGAUGCCUUUGAUGAGAUUGACUGUCUGGAACUAUCUGAGCAGCUACCAUGUCCAACCUCGGCGUUGUUGGUACUUGCCUUAGGCUACCACAGGCAGCCUUCCCAAGCUAGCACCCGAAUAAACACACGCCAGGGCUCUCGCUCGCUGCACAAAUGCUGGAAGAUUCUGCGCAAGCUGAAAGAAAGUUCUUAUUUGGCUGCUCGUAUGGCCACUGCUGUCGAAGGUGCGAGCUGUGAUGAACUUUGGCAAUUAAUUUCGGCUAUCAACUCGCCUUUGACCAAUACAUCACUUGCAAAUCAUCUCACGCAGACUUCCUGGGGAUUGACUUGUUGA